AGUCGAUAUUAAAACAUGCAGUGUGAGAGAGACGGGGGGAGAGAGAGAGAAAAGCGAGCUGCAGGCCUUUCCACGGGGACAAUCUAGCAGAAAGCUGUCUCACAGUUAUUCCUUUCUCACUCCCUCUCUUUCUCUCGUGCUCUCUCUCUCAACAUCCUAACGCCAGUUGAUUUGUGUUUGAAAAGCUGGGCGCUAUUCGCCCCCCUUUCGGGCUGUGCGUUUUGAGUGAUCAGCUGAUGAAGAGACUGGCUGCUCGCUGCAAUGCUGGUUUGCUAAUUCUCUCCCCUCCAGACUGGAGCCAGCCUGGAGACCACAGUCAGUCUCAGGCUAUCCAAAACGGAGUGUCUGAGGUUAUGGAGGAGGAAAGCAACUUGAAGAAAAGAAAAAGCGAUCAUCAAGGCAACCAGGGCUCAGAAACUGGUCAGGAGGUGGUGGAGAAGGUCAAAAAGCGACGGGGUCGCCCUCCUGCUGAGAAGCUGCCUCCCAACCCUCCCAAGCUCACAAAACAAAUGAACACCAUCGUAGAUAUGGUCAUCAACUAUAAGGACACAUUGGGCCGACAGAUCAGUAAAGGAUUUGUCCAGCUGCCUUCAAGGAAAGAGGUGCCAGAGUACUAUGAGCUCAUCCGCAAGCCAGUGGACUUCAGGAGGAUUAGGGAGAGAGUGCGUAAUCACAAAUACAGGUGCAUUGCAGACCUGGAGAAGGAUGUCAUGCAGAUGUGUCACAAUGCUCAGACGUUUAAUCUGGAAGGGUCUCAGAUCUUUGAGGACUCCAUUGUGUUGAAGUCUGUUUUUGAGAGUGCAAAACAGCGGAUAGUUGAACUCCGCGAGGAAGACAAUGAUGCUGUUGGAAGCAGUGAGGCAGAUGGUGGCGAUCAUUUACAUCUAGAGUCUCCUAUUUCAGAGACAACCAAUCCCAAGCUAAGUGGACAAAAUGAGAGAAGUCCUAGUGAUUCUGGUCCAAAGGAGGAGUUUACAAACAGUGAUGAAGACAAAGAAUGGCAAAGAAUGUGAGAACACAAGAGGACUAUUGAAUUAGACAACCAAACGAGCCUCAUAUUUUGAACAUUGUAUGCCAUUAUAAGAAAAUCGUGUGGCCAUUUUGCUCAAGGAUUCAGAAAAGGACCCCCCCCCAUUAAUUGGUAUAACUUUAUAAAACAUUUGUAUUCUAAUAAUAACAUUGUUACUACAGUGCUUCUGAAAUUAGCAUUGUUUUCAUGUAUUUAUAAAAUGUAAAUAAGUCCAUAUAAUACAGAAACCUGAAAUAUAUUGGUAACAUGAUCAAAAUAAGCACGGUCUAUAAGUUCAGACUGCCUGAAAAGUAAAUUUAGGUGGGAAAAUGCUGAUAUGAAAAAUUAUGAUGUUGUAUGAUCAUUUAAAAAAAGAUGCAUUCAGCCUUUUAACAUUGGAUACGAUGUGCUAAAUUUGCAAGAUCUCGGUUUCAGAGAGUUUUUUUUUAUCAGUGGUUUAUGUGACUGAGUACUUUAUCACCUCAACUUUGUAUGUUUCCAUUUCCUUCAUGAACUGUCAACAUCUUUAAAAUAGCUAUGAUUUUGUAUUUAAAGCUCCUUAUCAUUCUUUAGUCAUCACAAAAUAUUAACUGUAUUUGCACAGAGGAGAUUGGAGCAUGAUGGCAUGAUGUCGUCAAGUUUGUGUUAAGUUUAAGAUGGAUGGAAAAGGGGAUUUGUGAACAGAUUCUGAAAGUUUAUAUGAUGUGAAAGGGCAAUAGGGGUUGAUUCAUCAUCUUAAAAUGUUAUCCAUAAUCUCUUCAGGGUUUAACAUGGAUCAAUAUCCUUGAAAAAUAUUAAUAUUUAGAAACCAAUUAGGAUAUUUGGCUGCCUGUGUAGAUCUGACACAAAUACCCAUAAUAUCUUCUCAAAUAAAUGCAAAUGGGUUUAUAAGCUGUGUGAACUUUUUUUGUUUAAGCAAUGCAAUGCGGCAAAAAGUAAGUAAUACCUUCCUUUUAGUAAUCAUGGCUAGUAUACAACAUCAAAGCUGCAAUAAGGUGUUAAAAUGGUGAAGAUACUGUUGCUGAGGAGGUGGCUUGUUUCCAUCUGGAGGCCCCUGGCAACCCCUGACCAGUUGCACUCCAGCAACAAAAACUUUUCUGUCAUAUUUAAGUGUACUUGCCUUUAUAUGGCCCGUGUAUUUACAAAAGUUUACCCCCCGUAGGCUUUACCACUCCGCAGACCUGUUUCUAAAGCUUCCACUUCAAACACUCCCCCUUCACACUCUUCAUUUUUCCUGCCCUCGUUACUCUCUUAUAAAACAAAAGAAAAGUCCAAAAAUAAAUGGUCCCAAUCGACUGUUAAUUGCAUUUAUGGUGAGAAAUAAGGUAUAAACUUUAAAGGUGCACUCAGUAACGUCACUUUGUGUCAUUUUGGUCUUACACUGACUAGCGGUUUGAAUGCAACAUCAUUUAAAAUCAGUAGUUUUGUUUCAGAUGCCAUUGUAGAAAUUAAGUAGUCACAGUCAGCCAUGAUUGCUUUAAUCAGUGAGUGAAAGUGUCAAAUAACAGGAUGGAUACUGAGAUUAAGAGAGUAGUAUUCGGCGGGUUAUGUGAUUCUAACAUGCGGACCCUCUCCAUGUACUGUAGAA